AUGGAGUCACGGCAAACCGACCUUUGGGUCGUGACUUUUGUCACAUUCGCUGCAGCCACAAUCAUCACAGCCAUGCGGCUUUUGAGUCGUCGACUCAAGCAUAUCCCACUGUCGUGGGAUGAUUACUUUGCGCUUUGCGGUUUUGCUGUUUCUAUUGCUUGGGUCAUCAUCGUGCCUUACUGGCUCAACCGCGGUCUCGGACUACACAUGAACGAUGUCGUCGAAAUGCACAAGUCAACAUUAGCGAAGGAAUUAUUCGAAGCGAAACUACUUCUUUUCAUCGCCGAGCUCUUCUACGCCUUUGGUCUGUUCUUUGCAAAGAUCUCAAUUCUCAGUCUUUACUGGCGCAUGUUCCGCGUUACCGGUAUUCGACUACCGAUUCAGAUCCUCUUCGGAUGCUCUCUUGUCUGGAUUACUUUCCGAAUCUUUAUGGGAAUCUGGCACUGCGUGCCAGUGGAAAAGUUCUGGGAUUCCAGUGUUGCUGGGUAUUGCGCGAUUGAAGACAAGAAGUUCUUUUUCGGAACCACAUUGGUGCACGCCAUGAUCGAUAUCGCUAUCUUAAUUCUACCCAUGUGGCAGAUUGGACGUCUUCAGCUCCCCAUGAUCCAAAAGGCUGUCUCGGAUACUAACAUGGCCAUAGCAUCCCUUCCUACGAUCCGACCAGCUUGCACAUUCCUCUUCAUGUGUCAAAACCCACGAACCCGAACAGGCGCCAGCUCGGGCAGUUACCCCAACACCUACGGCCGAAGCCAGACCAAGCAAUCCAUCCGACUCGACACAAUCAACAAGACGAAACCGAACGACGAGUCCAGCUCGACACACCAACUAGCCGACUCCGACGAUGGGAUCGGCAACGGUGGCAGAAGUGGUUCAACCGACGACUUUGAGGCUCACGCCAUGGACCGUUUCACACCAGCUGGAAAUCAAUACUCUUCUACUAUCACGGGACAUCGCACCAACUCUGGAGGCGGAGACUACGGAUCCAACUUUGGAGGCAUCUUGGUCAAGAACGAGACGACGGUACACGUUUCUAAACAAUGA